AUCGCCUUUCCGUCGCAUCACACUCUGAUCACAUAUGUUGACACUGGACAGCUGCCGCCCAGUCGGCUCUCGUUGUUACAACGACCUGUCGCCUCUGGUCUUGGUCACAGCGGCAACGUGCUUUUGUGCUCCCAGAUAGACAUUCCCGAUGGAGCCGUCGAACUUUCAGAACGGUAGCCCACAGCAGCCCGCAGCCUCGCCAGAACCUAGCUCCAUACGCCCGAACCCAUUCAACGACAGCCAGAUCACAUCCCGAAAGCGCCAACGAACGUCACGAUCCGUCGAGAGCGCGGAGCGGCGGAGCAGCACAUCGAGCAGCAGUGUAACCUUGACGGAGGAUGACGACGUAGAUAUGGAUGGAGCGCCGACGACGCCAAAGACUCCGGAAGGAUCUACAAGUUCCGAUCGACGGCCUCCAGAGACGUCGUCUAGCGACAAGGCUGUCACUAUCAACUUGCGGAAGGCACGUUCGGUUUCACCCAACAGGUCAAUGUCUCUAGAGGAGCAGGAUCUGGCACUGCUUGUCACUCAGACUGGUCAGCCAGCUCUCCCGUCGACAGGCACUCCCGACGCCCCGCGAGAAUCCCCUCAAAUCGAGGUCAUAGAGGACGACGCUUGCGGAGACGAAGAAGAAGUACAAUACAUCUCGACACAGCAGAUUUCUUACGACCUGACGCGCGAGUUUCCCUACCGCCAGCCUGAUGAGCCAGCCGUAAACACGCUCCAUCGAUUAUACAAUCAUUUGCAAAAUCUACGACCGAAAGACGACAAUGUGGUCUUACAGAGCGUCGAGGGAUGGCUCCGCGACGCCGUCGACCAUUUUCUCACGUCUAAUAGACCCCAGCAGCACCUGGCAAACAUUAUACGCAUGGAUCCAGAGUUCUGGACAAUGCUCGGAGACCUGAUAAACCACAUGGUCAACCGAAAGGGGGGUCCGCUCCAUCGAUGGGCCAAUUUCCACGAGACGGCAAUGGGUUUGUAUCGGUUGGCUGGUUAUUUGACUAUGGUCAUGCUUGAUCUUGACACACGGUCUCUCGAGAGACUGCGACACAAGAUUGCUGCCGGUCAAAAACCACCAGUUGAGCUCCUCUCGGUCCGCUAUGUGGUCGGCAUGGCCGCUUUGAUUCCCCCGAAGCCAUUCUUGGAGGAUGACCGACAAGAUAUAUACAACCCACCCGGCCAUCCCGCCGAUGCGCAAGUUGUGUCCCAGCAAACCGAGCUCAUUUCCACUGACGGCCUUGUGCACCUCGGUGAACUUUUUGAAAAGCUGAUACCGGUACUAUUAUCAGUCCCGUCGGAAAUGGGUCUAUUAGUGCCCUACCUGGCCUAUCUGAAUAGUCUGUUGCGAGACGCAAGUACGACGUCGUCGUCAAGAGACCAUGACGAGGAGUGUGCUGCGCAACAAAAUCUCACCAGAGGUCACCAACACUGGCUUGAUAUAGUCCGAUUGCUGAACGAGUCCAUUGAGAAACGACUCACACAUAUUCAGUAUCCGGUUGUCCGGGCCUUGGUACCCAAAAUGACGGAAUUACUUAGAAUCACACUCACUGGCCCGCAUUCAGCUGCCGUGGCUGCGGUGGAAAAGCAUCGCCGACUACAUCCUGAGCUGCCGCCUUCAUUUACUACGGACGCCGUUGCCUAUGAAUGGCGCUUCGACACCGACCUCAAGUUCAUCAAAUGUGGUCAGAUGCAACUCCGCGUCCACGCCGUCAUGUCCAUGUGCAUGAAUUUGGUUGCGAUAUUCAAGCAGCAUCCCAGUCAAUCGCCUAUUCUCCGGCAUAUGGGCGAGUAUCUACUUCGCAGCAAUCUUGUGGACUAUAUUAUGGGCCCGAACAGCCAUCCGGAACUGAUCCAAGAAUGUGCGAACAUUGUCGGCUUCCUUUUCGUCACCAAGCUAUACACUCAAGACCAUACGGACCGCCUCUGGCAGUGUCUGACAGCCAGCGCAGACGCCAGGUCUUCGGAAGCGCUCCUGCGAGCUCUUUCCACCAUCCUCAACGUGCUUGGUGAAGAGCAACUGUGCCAGUUCUUGUCGAAGCUUGAGGCGACUUCUGCAGAGCAGCUGACCGGGCCUGUCAGAGCAGCGUGGUCCCUUGUGAUGGAUCAUUGGUUUCAAAAGAUCUCCCAGGACCCGACCAAAAUCAGCUACCAGCCAUACAGGCUCUGCAUUCGCCUUUUUAGGGAAAUGUACUGCAGGGGAACACCCAGACCGACUGCUGAACUACACGUCAUGGUGGCUAACAGCUUUGAUAAAUUUCUCCAAAUCGUCACUGACGAAGUCCGUGCCGAUAUAUACCGCAGCUGUGCGGAUGAUCUCACCCAAAGCAGUCAAACAACGCUGGGCAGUCUAUGGGUUCUGCACAUGCUCGCCGCUCGACGAGGUCUUCUCGUUUACAAUCUCGACCAAGUCCCGGGCAAGCCGCUGGCGGGGUUAUACAUCAAUGAGAUAGCCAACGCCGUUGAUGCAGGAGCAAGUGAAACCAGCCAGCCUGUAUUGAGCGGUCCUGCGAACUUGCCCCGACGCGAGGUGCUACACUACUUGAUUCGUCUACAUGGGUCCGGGAUUGAUGACACUAUGGCUGCGAGACUGUGGGAAAACACAGUUGGGCAUCGCGCACUUUGUGCCCGCGACAGAGAGGCGGGCUGGAAGAUUUUGCAAAAUGUCGCUUCCUUGGGCGACCCCAACGCCUUUGUCCAGGAAUGUUUGACCAAACACCUUGGUAGCCUGCCACCCGACUGCUAUUGUGAUGGCGCAUUGCAGUUCAUCAAGCAGGAGACGCUGACACAGAUCGAGAAGACUGAUGAGUUCAACCUCGAGGAUGGAGAUAAUGCCAGCAACACUUGCAUUGAGCAUCUAUGGCGGAUUGUUCUUCAUGCGCCGGAUAAGGAUCUUGCGGAACGUGCUAUGCAAGUACUCGCAGUCGAGGUGUACUUGGAAUACACAGCACUGCAGGAUUGUACUUCUCUCAAGAUGCGCAAGGUUCAUUCUGUGCUGAUUGAACGAUGCUUCCAGCAGUUGAAGACGGCUGCCAACGAGUUGACCCUGGCAAACGGAGAGACGCAGUCGGACAGUGAUGCCGUCAUGGAGCUCGGGGGCGGCCCCAACACAACCAAAGAUGCGGAGCGACUAUUCUUGCGUUCGCUACACCUUCUGCAGCACUUUCUACACGAGUAUCAGUCGCGGCCUCGCUUCGCUGCCCCGGUACUUGGCUCUCUUGUGGCGAAGGAGCCCGCUGUCCCAAUAGCGGGAGAAUCAGCACAGUUGUUUUAUCAGUCGUUCGAUAAUGGCCGCCAAACCGAGGUCCUUCCUCUCGAGAUUGGACAGAAAAACACCGCUGCAUCCUUGCUCGCUAGCAUUCAAGAACAAACUGGCUUCCCCAACUACGGUGCAUUCAUCAAAGGACAAGCCUUUUUACCAAGCGAGGAAGACAUGCGCCUCAACUUGGAUCAGCUGAAGCUCACCAAUUGCUUGAUUCUUGUCCGGAAAGAACAUUCCGGCAAUGAAGCGAACCUAAGGUUCGGGCCCAGCUGCUCACAUGCUCAAAUCGCGGUCAUGAAUCACUUUCGUGAUCUAUGGCAAUUCCUCAGUCUCCCUGAGGCCUUGGCGCUCGAUACCUACCACCUCCUCAAGCAGUUGCCUGCCGACAUGGAAGUCAUUCUUGGGCCGGAUUCAAGUCUACCGAAAGCGCAUGAGCAUCUAUUUCCCUCUGGCCAUUACCUACGGUCUCUUUACGCUGCACAUGCUUUUUCGGCAUACAAGACUUUACUCGACCGGAUGCACGUUGGAAAGUCAGAUGCUGAGGAUGGAACUUCAGACCGCAGGCUGGCUUUGAGUCAUUCCUACGCGGACAUUAGGUCCAGUGUCAUAACGGCCCUUGUCCGAGCUCUUAUCGACCGGGAAAAGAUCAUUCCCUCCAGCGACAAGUUGCACACAAGUUUGCUUGCCUCUUUGCUACAUGCUCUGCAUAUCUGGUUGCAGGAUCGUGGGGAAGUUUGCGAGGUUUUAUCGUUCGACAGCAUGGGAAUCACGUCUGCAGAGCCCAUAGUCACAGCACUCACCGAAACCCUCGCGUCCAACGAUGCCCGGGCGCUUGAUGUUUGUCACAUCGGCUUAGCUGUCAUCUUGCGACUCUGCCUCCUGGAUCCGGCCUUUUGUGACAGGGUCAGUGCUCAACCAGACGUCGUGGGUAUUCUGGCCAAACUGCUGCUAUUCCAUUCGCAACAGUCCUUCAGGCAAACGACAAGCGAGGUUCUCGCCACAUUCUUCAAAGAACAGAUUCAAGCUAUCCGAAUGCUGAGCAAACUCUCCGCAGAGAUUCGUUUAGAUGCGGUGCGAAGAGUUGGCAAACUGGUGCUCCCCAAACUUUGCCAACUGAUCCCUGAGGCCACACAGCUUCCAAGCCGAAGUGAGGAUUUCUUCCAGGCAAUUUUGUCUCUGUUCUCUAUUCUGCCUGGAACGAUGGCAGACUUUGUGGAUAUGAAGAACCUGGCGAUCGGAGUUGGCGAGUUGCUCCUGAAUCAGGAGACCACUGAGUGCGUGACGAACCCCUUGACAUGUGACAACGUGCUCCAAGGACUCGUUGUCACUUUAGACAUCUGUCUCAAGCAAGAUCAGUCGCUCGCGAGGUCUGAUGCAUUUCCCAGGUCCUUUGCUAGAGAUCUUUUUUGGAGGCACUUGUUCCCUCGAACCCGCCGGCAAGCUGACAGUUCUGUACAAAAUGUCGCCCUCACAGACCGCACAAGGGCUGGGUUAUGCGCCAUCAUCCUCGAAUUGGCCAAGGCCGAUGAUUCGGUACUGGCGGACAUUCUCCACAGCUUGAAUGAAGUUCUGCCAUACAUCGAGCCCGACGAAGAUCUCCAGUACACGUUCUACGACAUGCCUAAUCCGUUUGAUCCUAGCCGUGUCUUGAGGACAUCUUCAGGCUAUGUUGGUCUACGUAAUCUCGCCAACACGUGCUACUUGAAUUCGUUGGUCACGCAACUCUUCAUGAAUCCAGAGUUCAGAGCUUUCAUGCUAAAAGCAAAGCAAAAGUCAAACACUGACAGUCAGCAUCUUCUCCCCGAGACGAAGAAGGUAUUUGGCCACAUGCAGGAGACUUACCAUCGAUAUGUCGACCCGUCAGCGUUCGUCUACUCUAUCAAGACGUACGACAAUACACACAUCGACGUUGGUCAACAGAUGGAUGUUGAUGAAUUCUACAACCUCAUUUUCGACCGAUGGGAAGGCCAGAUGGUGGACGCCACCGAGAGGAAGAAGCUGCGAUCCUUCUAUGGGGGCCAGCUGGUGCAACAAAUCAAAUCACAGGAAUGCGAGCACAUUUCCGAGGUGUUUGAGCCUUUCCAGGCGAUUCAGGUUGACGUCCAAGGGAAGACUUGUCUUCAGGAGAGCUUACAGGCCUACAUCGAUGGUGAGGUGCUCGAAGGCGAUAACCAGUACAAGUGCUCUACGUGCGAUCGCCACGUGGACGCUGUCAAAAGGUCAUGUUUCAAGGACUUACCAGACAACAUCAUCUUUCAUCUGAAGCGGUUCGACUUCAACUUGCAGACACUGCAGCGCAACAAGAUUUACGGACGCUUCUCUUUCCCUCUCGUGAUCGACCUGAACCCCUUCACUGUCGAGCACUUGAGCGAUCCGAGUAGCUCGAACGAGGAUGAAUUUGAAGUCGUCGGCGUGCUGGUCCACACAGGCACGGCCGAGUCAGGCCACUACUACUCGUACGCGCGCGAGCGGCCGUCGGGAACUCACCCUCCCAAGUGGAUUGAGUUCAACGACGAGUCGGCAACUCCAUGGGACCCAGCUCAGCUUGAAGAAGCCACGUUUGGUGCUGCAGCCGAGCCAGGCAGCAACGGCAAGCUGUACAGUGCCUAUAUGCUUUUCUACCAAAGAAAGUCAUCUCUGGCCCGGCAGCAGCAGGAAGCUCUAGAGAAGGCUCUUCGACUUCCCUUACGCGUGCCAAUGGGGGCUGGCCUGAAAGAAUACAUACUCCAAGAUAACACGGCACUCCUCCGCCGCCACUGCUUAUUCGAGCACAGUCACGCGACCUUUGUCAAAUCGAUCUUUGAGCACGCAGCAACUGGCCUCGGAAUGAUGCACGCAGAUAACGAGAUGACCAUGGAGGGCAAUACCGCCAUGGCAACAACCUCAGGAAUAUCGCCAGUGCUCCUUUUUGAUGUCGCGCUGACUCACCUGGAUCAGGUCGUGACCCGGAGGAAGGACGCACCCAACUUUGAAAUGUUCUCAAGCGCACUGGACAAGGCCGUAUCGACGUCAAGAGAGGCCGCAUACUACUACUAUCGAUACUUCCAUCUGCGGCCUCAUGCCUUCCGUACGAUUGUGCAGCGCAACCAUUGCGCCCGGGUCCGCGUCGAGACAGGCGCUCAGUUUCUUCGAGUGGUCGAGCACAUUGCUCUGAGCACGCCCUCUCGCUACCUGUCCAGCUCCGAGUACGCGGACAGUGCUGUCGAGAUCCCUGUCGUCCGCCGCAGCUUGGAAGACACGCGUGCCCAGCGCGAGGAUGGGGUGACCGUGCUCCGAGGUGUCAUGGACGUGGUCAAAUGCAUGUGGAGAUAUUUCCAAAGCCACCCCCGUUCAUGGAAUGAGUGUUUCGGGUUCAUCCAUGCAUGGGCAGAGUUUGGUGAGAGGGAGGUUGCCCAGCUUCUCUCCGAGGACUUUCUGUACCGGCUGGUGCGAAUCAUUGCGGCCGAUGAUAGCGAUCCGGACCUACCUGAGAACUACGCUCGAAUGCUUAGAAACAUUGAGAGACGGCGAACAGUAUCGUACGACGAGAUCAUCGGGACUAUUGAGUACCUGCUGAGGUCGAUGGAGCCGGAAAUAGGCCCUGAAAGCAUCAUUGAAUCGGCCUCUGAGCGUCUGGCGGAAGAUCCGCCCUUCAGCUGGACUUCUUCAGAAGUCAGUCUUUUGCAUUACCACCCGCGCAACGACGGCACCAGCUUUUUCGUGGAGAGAUUGAUCGGCAUACAGCAAAAUCCUAGGGCGACGACCUCCAUCGUGAGGUGGCUUGCCUCCACGAGUCUGCCAAUGUCCAAGACAGUUCACCAGACGUUGCAGGCGAAUCUUGACCCGAAAGAGAGCAGCGACUACUUGGCUGCAUUUCUGGCUGCCGCAACCGACUUUGUCCUCCUGUCGGCACAUGAGGACGAGGCACAACGCUUUCUGACCUUCUUGGCAACCAGGACAAGUCGUUACGACACAGUCGACCUGGCUUCGGUCCUACAAUUCUUCGUGCGAGUUCUUGGAGACCCGGAAGCCGAUGAGGAUGUCGUGAAUCACUGCAUCAAGCUCAUGCCCCUGUGGGUUCCGAGCUUUCUCAUACACGGAAGGGAGGCCGUGCAGAGGACUACACUCAGGCUGGUCCAUCGGAAGCUGUUGAUACACUGGGCGGAUGAUCAGAACGACGACGAAGUCGAGCAGCUGCGCAAGAAUGCUGCCGUCAUCGCGCACGGGCUUGCUGUGGCGUGCAUGGAUCAUGUCAGCGGCAUUGCGGCUGAGGGUACCCAGCAGCUGACGCAGUCUUCGGUGGCGUCCGUCUUGCAUCUGAUAGAGGCCUGCCAGCAUGUGUUAACAGAGGAGCUGAUGGGCGCUGAAGCGGUUGCUAGAUUGGAUGAUAUAGCACAAGCUUUGGCGCUUGAGCUUCCCCACCUGGUAGCGGACGAUGGGAUUGAGGAAGACCAUACUGAUUCAGGCUCAUGCCUCUCCUCAGAAGCAGGGGAUCAGAGCCGUAGUGGGCAAUCCCUGCUUAGUGUGCAGGCACUUGAACAACUCGACGUUAUAAACGCCAACGGUGAAGCGGACGAUGCGCCCUGAGCGAGUGGAUGCUCAGCUCAGGGCCCGCCACCUGAUGAGAUUACGAGAUACUAGACGGCAAGGCGUUCCG